GUCUGCGAACGUCACCUGCCAAACACGCCACUGCCACCACCGUUCAACAAUAAUAAUAUUUGUAUAUUUUGUCGACACGGUUUUCAUUACUUUUCAGUUUCCUUAUUCGAUAUAGUAUACAUAUAUAUAUAUUUUUUUUUUAAUUUUUUUUUUCUUAUCUCGAAUAAUUUCCACUCGCCUCGUGCGUACAGAUCGUCAUUGUUCCUAAACUAUACACAACAGGCGCCACCGUCCCACGAUGAUCGACUGUCUGCAGAAAAUGUUCGUGUUGGCCGUGGCCGUGUUGUACGUUCAGGCGGCCGGAAAAUCAAAAGUCAUACGUAAGUACCCUAUUGUGUUUUAUACAGUACCACAUAUAUGUGCUGAAGUUGCACGGUUAACGAACGUAACGAUUUCAAUGUUCGACGAACGUUUCAUUUACACGAUGUUUUCAAAAGUUGAUUUCGAUUUACUAUAUUACAUAUUGCUUUAUGACGUGAUCGUAAUCAGGCGUCUAAAAAGCAUCUAUAAAGCAUUCUUGAAUCGUAUUAAUGUAUAAAAAAGAUUUUCGAUUAUUAUUUAGUACCGUGAACAAAGCAUAAUAAACUAUAAUCUAUGAGCUAGUUAUAAAAUAUAUCGAAAUCUCAAAUCAUCCAACCCUCCGCGGAAAAAAAAUAUGCUUCGAAUUUGGUACGGGAGAUUCGUUACGAACUCUUUGUUUUUUUAUGUUAUUAUUAUUAUUUAUUUAUUUAAUUUUUUUUUGCACGCGCGCGAUGGUGAUAACCUGUUUUCGUAGACGACACCGCGAGCGCCAGCUAGUGAGAGUGGAAAAACGGCAAGUGGGUCACAACAACUUACUAUACUGUCUUCGUGUUACACAAAUUACAUAAUACUUCUCCGGUGACACACACUGCAUUUACGUGCGUAUAUUACUAUAACGACGUGCCUAAAGUUGUUUACGCGAUGUUUCACUUCUUAACCGCGGCCCAGUUGGAAAUUAUUAGUCCUGGCCCUAGGGUUCACCAAUUCGCCAUAUUAUGUCCGGAAUAAACCGCAUAGACAUAGGUCUCCAUACGUCUGUCCACGACGUGAGUUUCGACGAAAAUAUUUGCCGACUUCGCAGUGACGCGUAGACAAGUACUGCAGUGGACGGCUCGUGUUUACACUUGACGGCCUCCGAUCGUUUAUUGACCCGUUCAGACGUGUUGCAGCCGUGUACAACGGCCGAACGGCGAAAUGGUGAAAAACCGGAGAAAUGCCGACCGUGCAUGAUCGACGAUUUUUGCCCAACGUUUUACCCCGUAUGCUAGGUCCGAGUCCUAUUCUUUCGGGGGUACGAGAUACACUUAUAUUACAGACAACAGGCGGUACUGAACGUUAAAAUCGUCGACGUAAAUAAAAAUGUAAUAAUUAUAAUUAUUAUUAUUACUUAUGAAAAAAUAAAUAAACAACCGCAACGGUUUAGAAAACCGGUCGCCCGGCGUUUGAAUCGACCUGAUUGAACACCUCGCGGACGAGCGCCGUCGUUACAUCACAUUUGGCGUCGAUGACCGCGACUGUGAGCGGUCUUCUAUCCUUAUCACUCUCCUGAAAACUGCAAAUAAGUAAACGGCCCGCGAACAAUAUUUAUUCAUUUUGCAACCAGUCCGAUUUUAAUUAUAAUAUUUCCAUAGCUUAUGCACGUCCACCUUCACAUCCUCCUUUCAAUCCAUUUAAAAUCUAUAAUCGCUCGUAUCAUCCGUGCCUAUGAAGAAUUAUUGUCAAUUCGAAAUGAAAUUUGUGAUAUCUACAAUAAUGUUGUACUCGAAAAAAUUGCAUUUCUACCGAAUUUGUUUCGUCGGUUCUAUUCAAAAUAAAAUUUAAAUUCGGUCAGCCACUGACGUGUCUAGGUAUUUUCAUUGCGGGAAUACGAUGUCAUAAUAAUUAUUAGUAAAUAAACCAUAGAACCUUCUUCUCACAUAUAGCUUGAACCCGAAAAUGAGUAUUUAUAUUCAAAAUCCAAAAAUUUGACUGAAAUAUAAACUUCAAAAUAUAAUUACCAAAUACCAUACUCAUAUCAGUUGUUGUAUUUUCAAGCCAAUAGUGGUCGAUAUAACCUCCUCUCUCCUUCACACGCCACGGCGGUCAACUAACAGUGUCUUAUUUUUGCCCUCCAGAUCACCAUUUCUUUUUAUACUUCUCGUUAUAAUGCCGUCAUGUAGUCAUUGUGUGUCUACCCUAAUAACAAUUUCAUACUGCCACUUUUUUUAUUUGAUCUACGGAAUCGCGUGUGAACGAAUACCGGCCGAGGAAGAGGAAAAGGCUAAAUGUGACUAGGGGUUAUAGCCAUCAUAAUGUAACGAGUAAACCAGUAAUGAUAUGAUAAAGGCGUGUGAAGUGAUUACACAAAGAAAUAGUGACGGUUCGGGAGAUGUGGAAAAAAACAACGAGGGACGGCCGAUAAUAUUUUCAUGCACAAGUGUCCAAUCGCGGACGACGGAAUAUUGUAAAAGACUUGCGAAACCGGCAGAAAACAAAUUAAAAGGCUAUCCGUCGCUUGUGCAAUAUGAAGAAACCCAUCCAACGGUGUUUGGUAAACGUUGAUUGUGUGCGUAAACAUAUUAUAUAAAUAAAGUUGUGUGCAAUACCCCGAGCGUGUGUCGAUACACAAUUUAUUAUGCAAAUAUAUUUGCGGUGGUGUAUUUUGUCGCGGAUCGUCAAAACCGCGUUGUAUACAUUUGACGUGAAGGUCGGUCUGUGAACCGGUUCGCUUUUUCGCGUUUAUUAAACGCUACCCGUGUAACCGACACGCAUCGCGAUCCAAACAAUCACGCACGCGUGAACUUAGCUAUAAUAGUAAUAUAUUCAAAAAAAAUCAUAAUAUUUAGUUGCAUAAUAUAACUUGUAUGUCGAUAUCCAUAAUCCAGUUUACCGUUUCUGAAUGUAAUCCCUCGAAUCCCUAUUCUAUACGGUUUGUUGUUUGUCUUCAUCACCUCACGUUCUCACAUGCUCAGAGUGCCACACUGUUCACGGUAUGAACCCAGUCUGUUUAAUGUAAAUCUAGUGCUUCGAAGUAGGUAGGUUCCUAAUACUCCGUUAUUAGGAUCUAUCACCGGUCUCCCCGUUUUGAUUAUUUUACGUAACGCAUCGGAACCGCAUAUAAAAACUUUUAUCUAUGUGUUUUACAUUCUACGUUUUUAUAUGAGCAAAUGCAUUGCCUACGCGGAUACACUUCGAAUAUUUUCGACUGACGACGACAAAGAGGUUAUUUUGAAAAUUAGCAAUUUUCGAUAAAAAACCACCGAAAAAAAAUUGAUAAAUUCUAUAGGUAUCAAAACGACUGCGAAAACUAUAGGUACUCUGUAAGAGACAGCGGCGCUUACCACUAUGCCUGCAGUAUGACAGCCACCAUAGCGAAUAUAAUGUGGUGCUAUAAUAUGGUAUAGUAAAAAAAUCUAAUUGACUUGCACUUAAACAUUUAAGUGUAAAAACACAAAUACAAGCAGUACCUAACAGUAUAAAUUAUUUCGAAAGUAUCGAUAAAAUUUGUUUCAAAAACACGUACAUUCAUACAUUUAUUUACCAGUUCAUGAGGUGAUAUAGAUGGAUCCCAAACAAAUGUUAUACUCGUUAUAAUUUUGUAUAGUUCGGCACACUAGCUGCAAGAGUACACUUGUCGAUUAUUUUAAUAAUCUAGCGUUUAAGUAUCAAAUAUUUUGAUUAAAAAUGUACGACAUAAAUAUGUAUUGGGCCACCCGCAAUGACGAAACUAGCCCAAGGUAUAAAGCGUGCCUCUUGAAAACAUGGUCCUUACUAAUAUUUGUAAUGUUUUCAAAUUCAAUAUACACCUACCUACUGCAGUCAUCUACGUUGAAAUAAGUUUUUAAAAAUUCAUUGGCAAGAACCUAAACUGCAGCAAACAAGUGAUUGUGAACCGAAUAUUAUCGGCACUUAUUCAGUGAACGUAUCGAUACUUACUUUAUAUUAUUGCUAAAUAGUUCGUAUAAUUUAUACAAUAUAACCCGAAGUGUAAUUAUAAUUUAAAUAUUAUCAAAGAAUAAACGGCGGAGACGACCCAAAUAAAAUCACAAGUAAAUUUAUAUUAGGUGUAAAUUAAAAAAAAAAACAUGCACAAAAAUAAUAAUAAUAAUAAUAAAAUUCACGUAGAUACUAGUUUGUCGGGUAUUUUUUCAUCGAUAAAAUUUAACUAUAUAUGUAACACAUUAGUUGUUAUAUAUUUGCAUUCAUAAUUAAUCGAUUCGAAUAUCCUAUUGAAAAUCUUCGAAAAUACGAGACUUGAUAUUUUUACUUUCACGUAUUUAUUAAAUCCGUUGAUAAAAAAAUGUUCAACUGUUAUGUUGAACUGACGAACUAAUAAAUAAAGUGAUAAUAAAAUAAUUGUUCGCCUGUUUAAAAUAUGUGUUAUUUUUUAUUUUUUUUUUCAGCGCCGUAUAUAAAACAAUGUAUACGAAACGAUCCAAAACUACACGAAUGUUUAGCUACGGCAAUCAAUCAUUUAAGACCGUACUUGAAAGAAGGUAAUACACAAUUUUUGAUAUGAUUAUAUAUUAUAAGGUAGAAAUGUACGUCGAACACUUUUACUGAUGACGAGGAAGCAUAAUAAUGUAUUACAAAAUUUAAAGAGGAUACUAUUUUCGAGCUGGUAGUAAUGACUAGUCAUUACUGAGUUUCUGUUUUUCUAAAAAAUAAUAAAAAAGUUACAGCCGAGUUUGUUGAGGGUGUUAUUUUAAAUUACUGCAAUUUUUUUUCUCCUCACAAUUGCUAUUAGAAGCACGGAAACGUAGGCAGAUACUGCCCUCGGAAAAAUCAUCUCUUAACAAUUACUGUCAAUCUUUGUUUAAACUCUAAUUUCAACAUAUAAACGGCACGGCUCGUUAUUGUUCUUAGUAAACUAUAAUUUUUCUAUUUCAUGCGUCCGGAACUAUGUGUAAUACUUGUCGUCUGUUAUAUCUUUGAUCCCAGGGAACAAGUGUGUAAGUAAAUAUUCAAAACUGGAUAACUAACUAGUUGAAGUUAAGUAAGAGUAUGAAAAGUAAUAAAGUCGGAAUAGAAGUUAUUUACUGAAAUUUCCUAAAAUUCUAACUUAGUUUGUUAGAAGUUAGCUAGUGAAAAUUAGUAACUUAAAUUGGAAUAAAAGUUAUAGAGUUAUUUUUUUGCCAUAAUUUAAAUAUCCGGGACUAAAUGCUGGGUAAUAAUUUAUCGAUUAAAUUCAAUUGAUAAUUUAAUCAAAUGUUUAAAGUAUAAACCUUAAUUCAUUGUAAAUAUGGGAUAGUUUAUAAUCAAUCAGUACAAUGCAUAGAACAAUAAAAUAUCGCGCGUAUUGUGUACAAAUUCCCAGUGGUUUUUAUAAAAUAUCCAUUAUAUUAUAUUUAAAAAUAAUUAAAUGCAAAAUACUUGCGUAUGUAAAUUUCUGCCCUACUUGACAUAAAAAAAAAAAAAAAUGCCGAAAAUUGACUCGAGCCUUUCUUCGCCGGGACGGCCAAAGAUAGUGCAUUAUAAACAACACAUUAAUUGUAUUUAAUCGGCCUCCGGUACCUACGACGACGACGUCAACGAAGAUACGGGUCAUCCACUCUUGUUAUGAUUAUUAUUAUUAUUAUUAGACACGCGCGUCGGCUAUUAUUAUAAAUACAAUAUUAUCAUCGUGUCGUAACGCUCGUGAAAUGAAACGCGGUCAAUGUCGCGGGUACCCGACAACUUCACUGCGUGCCACCGUGGUCGAGCGUCCUAUGUCGCCGCGUGUCACCAAGAGUUGUUAUUAUAACCGUCGAGAAAAUGUCGUUUUAUUUAUUCAUUUAUUAUUAUUAUUUAUUUUUUUUUUUUUUUUUCGAUGAAAUCCCAACGACAACAUUGUAUACAAUUUCAUUAUAGUAUUAUACUAUUAUAUGUAUAAUGGUUUCACUGUUUCAGUGUAAAAUUUCCACGAUCGCGAAAAAUAAAAUUUCACUUGCGCCUUGCACCGCAAUAUUAUAUAAAAUACCAGUUACGGGUCGUGUGUGCAUGCAAUAACAGUAUAGUGUUAUCGCGUUGUCUAGUAAAAAAACAAAACAACGAGCAAUUUAAAAACAAACGGAACAAUUUCAUGUUUAAACAACACGACAGCGAUUUUCGUUUAAAAAAAUAUCCUGGGUUUUUUAAAUCUCAAGUAGGUGUAAACAUUCAACAUGUCCAUCACGGCUCGCGUGGUUUAGACAUGCAAUGCGCAACGAAAAGAAAAACGGAAUUAGAGCAGUUACAUAGAGUGGAGACAAACGAGUAAAAGAGCAAAGGACAUGCGAAAAAUGUUGGUUGGCCGGAUUUAAAAAAGACCUGACAAAAAUGAGAAAUAUUGAUUGUGAAACGUAUAUUAGAGACGAACGAAAGGUUGUCUCAAUGAGCCGUAAAGCUAGUGAAAAAAAAAAGAAAAAAGAAGUGAUUCGAUGUAUGGGAAAUAGUUGUACGAUUAUAAUAUUGUGAAAAAAUUAUAGUGAAUAAUUCAAUGAUAAUUGAGUAGGUACCUAUAUUAUUAAAUUUAACUGAAAAAUAAUAUUUUAUUUAGGAAUCAACGAAAUCGAACUGCCACCCGUGGAACCAUUUAGAAUGGAUUCACUGAGUUUAGCAAUCACCGGUGGAUCCAACGGAUACAAGAUUACGUUGAGGGACAUCGACCUGUACGGGGCCAGCAAUUUCUCUAUUCAAAAAAUAUUGUAAGUCUAACAACCGCUGUACUCGCGGGCUAUAAAUGCUACAACCAUGAUGUUCUAUGCAAAAGUAAAAAAAAAGGAACGUAAAAACACACGUCUCAAUUAAUUGAAUAGUUACAUUGACCCGACGGGGAAAAAGUGUUCUCAACAUUAAUUAACUGCGCACAUGAAAACCGACAGUCUAUCAUUAAUACUGUUUUAUGAUAUUAUGUCCUUUUCUAAGUGAUGGCCGUGACUUUUUUUUUUUUUAUCUAGUAAAUCGUAGUGUCAAGUUCAACGAAUGAAUAAUACAAUAAUUAUUAUAAUAAUAAAUUUGUUUACCUAAUUGAAAAUGUAUGCAAUAUUUAAAACAAUAGUUAGGUACCUAUUUAAUGUCUUUACAAUAUUAGUACUCAGUACACUUUAUUAUUUCAAUAGUCAUCCGUCUUUGCGUUCGUAUAACAAUAUAAUAACUUUAUUAUAACGUAUACCUACUGUAAAUCGUUUUUCGACCGCGCUAAGUUGUUGAUUUUAAGACAAAAGUCUAUUAUUUCCAUUAUUGUUGUUAUUUUAUAACGGUUGUGAUAUUGUUAUGUUUAUUCGUGUAAUGCAUAUAAUCACGAACAAACGAUUUAGUUGUAAAAUUAGACUUUAUCAAAUCUGUUCAGUUUUAUAAACACCGCUCAGUUAGUUUUAUAAACAACGAUGAGCUAAAGGUAAAACUAGAGUAUACAAUGUUCAUGAAUCCACUAGUAAAACAGCCAACUAUAAUAUUGUUCAAAGCGUUAAAAAUCUCACUAUCUCGCGGGCAAGAUAAUAGUAUACUGGUUUACUAGAUUUACUGAACUAAACGACACUUUCUUACCAGCAGAAAUCCUGUACAUAUUGCUAGUAAAAAUAUCGUAUACAUAUAAAUAUGUGUGUACACUGUAUUUUAUUUUGUGUAAUAUUUUCGAGUACCUAUCCGACCGAAUACUAUCAUUUUAUAAUGGUUUCGACGGGUCAAUGUCGAAAAAACAAAACUAUUUUAAUAAAACGUUAAAAGUAAUUCUGUGGCUUGGCGCAACAAGGGCCAUUGUCAAUUUUUUCAAAAAAUCAGUAAAAAAAAAAAAGUGUUGAAUAUUUUAUUUUCUAAAUGAAAAGUUUUUAAGUUUUUUUAAAAAUUGAAAAAUUACACAAACAUUUACGUUUAAUAAAAUAUACAGAACCUUAUGGGGAAUUAAAUUUCAAAACCUAUAUAUCAACAAUUACAAAAUAUGACAUUGUCCUUCCUUGCACCAAACCAGAGAAUUCAAUAAUGAUAUUGACCACAAUAUUUAAAACUAUCAACUCAAGGCGUUAUUGAUAUGCAAUUUCAUUACUCGCGAGUUAUUAUUACAGACUAACUAAAUAUUCUCUGACAUACUAGGAAGGCGAAAUUUUACGAGUAUAUAUUUUAUUAGAUUGUCUAGCAAAAUAAGUGAACACUGAACGAUAGUAAUAGUCGAAAUAAACGCACUUAAAUGAUGAAUUAUUUUAUGUGAAAUUGACAAUACAAAAAAAUACAUAUAAUUAUAAUAAAUCAUAAUUCAUAAUAUUCGACGAAUCUCAUAUUUUACUACUUACACUUUGCCAAUUAUACCGGUUUGUUCGAUGAAAUCCAGUUAUUACUCUGCCCGAAAGUUUUAUUAAAUAUAAAUUUAGUACGCAAUACCUAUUGACAAACAUAUUGUUGUAUCAAUAUUAUUUUCGAAUAAUAUAAUUUGUUCUCACAAAAUUAUUCGUUUUAAUUUAUAGAAUGCGUCCGAAUUUGCCGUUUGAAGGUAAAAUAAAAAUUCCAAAAAUGACGAUGGACGCCAAAUACGCCAGCACCGGAGUACUGUUAGUGUUGCCAGCUAACGGAAACGGAACUUUCCACGCAGAUUUAGGUUUGUAUUUCACUGGAUGAGCAGCAAUGUUAGUACUUAGAAUAGUAGUGUUAUUAUUUUAACCGCGUUCAACCGAUUGCUUAUGUGUGAUCAAAACAUCAGAAUAUAUUUUAUAAUAAUAUUAAAUCCGUAAUAGUCUUUUCAAUUCUUUUAUAUUACGAUUCGCACGAACCAAUUACAUACAAAUGUACCGUUACUUUCUCAUCGUUCAUCUGCUGCAGUUUGAUCGGUUGAUUUCCCAUUUUGCGAUAUUAUUUAACGUAUAAAAACUGAUCUGAUAUACGCACAUUAAGCACGCUUGCGAUGCAUCUAAACAAAAACACGUUAGUCGGGAACACGGCCACCACAUUGACGUAGUUAGUAGAAAUUGUUUCUAAUUAAACUCGAUAUAUUAUUAUAUUUGGAUAAGAUAGACCACCAAAUACUCAUAAACAUAUUAUUCGAUUUUAAAAUUGAAUUGGUUUUGUUUAUUUUUAGAGAAAAAUCCGGAUCUAAUGUAACCUAAUCUAAUUUACCAGUCGCCACUGGGCUGCCGUAGACUUUUAUUCGAUUUUCGGUUCUCAAUCGUUAAUUCGUAUUAGAGUUCAGGCCCUGGUACAAAAUAGUUCGUUUUAGGAUUUGUUUUAUUUACUGUAAUCCAUCGACGAUUAUUUUGUUGAUACCUUGUCGUGAACAUGAUACAAUGGCUUUUAAAAUGAACACAAAACUAUUAAUUAUUGUGUAACAAAUUAACGUCACGUGGGAAAUCCUCCGUGUACACGUCAGUCAGUUUAAAUUACCAACAAUAAAAAUAAAAUGACACGAUUUCAGGACAAGGUUAGUUUUCGAUCGCGUGUACAAAUAAUAAAUUAAUAUUGCUUACCAAUUCAUUCGAUUGAAUAUUAAAAUACAUUUAACAAGGACUUCAAUAUGUAGUUUUAUGAGUAAACAUUUGUACAGGAAUAAAACGAGUAAGUAAUAAUACGGUUUUUUUACCAUAUGUGAACAGAUGCACAAGACUUUUCUGAUAUUGUCACUUGUCAGACAAAAAUGACUUAGUUUUAAAUCUGGUUUUAAGAAGAAUAUAAUUUUAUGUUUAUUAAACGUAUCUAUAUACCUGAUAAUAAAUCUUCUUUAAACCUGUCUACACUAUAAAACAUUGUCAGUACUAAAACAUUAACUAUUUUUUUUUUAUUUUACAGGUGAUAUUACGGCCACGGCCAGAGGAGUUCUGUCAAGUUAUCAGAAAGAUUCAGAAGAAUAUUACAAUUUGGACGUUUUGGAAGUGGAUUUAGUAAUAAAGAAAGCCUAUAUGGUCGUCAGCAAAGUUACCAACAACAGGAUAAUCGGUGAGUAUAGAAACACGUUUUUAUUUACAAGCGUAAAAUUAAUAGUGUUCUGUCAUUUUUAAAACCCGAGAACACAGUUUAUUCAAUAAUAGUAUUACCUAUCAGCUAAUUUAAAUUUCUAAUUUUAAAUUUAAUUAACAUUUUUAACGAUUCAAAGGGAGUGUUUCAACCACACAGUAUAUUUACUUUAAAAUAUUUUUACGCAAUAUUUUUCAACUAAAUCAUUAAAUCAUUAAGCUAAUAUAAAUUUUAAACAAUUAUAAUUGGUCGGAUAUAGUAAUUUAAUAUCUUUUAAAUGUACUUUUAAAUAUAAAAGUGUCCACAAUAUUUAAAUUAAAUUAAAAAUUAAAAUUAUCAAAAUGUAUAAUAUAUUAGUACAACAUUGCAAAUAUAACUUAUAUAGUUUUAUCUAACGGGUUCAUUGAUUAGGGAUCUAUUAUUAUAAAAAAUAUCUCAAUCGAAACGAUUUAGAAACAUAAAAAAAAAACAUAUGAUACAAGAAUGGUUUUUAAUACAUUUUAUUAAACACUAUUGUUCUAGUAUUGUGAUUUUAUUUUUUAAUUUCUCGAUUAAAAUAAUUAUUUUGUUUUACUGUGACGUUAUAUAAUAUGUAUAAUACUGUGUAACAUUAUGGCAUAUUGUUUUAGUCGAAGCCACGAACUUAUUUCUGCGCGAAAACGGCCAAGAAGUACUACAAGUCAUGAUGCCUCAGCUCCGCGUCAAAUUGGCAGCGAUUUUCAAAAGGAUAGUCAACCAGUUACUGACGCACGUAUCAGCAGAUACUUUCUUCAGCAACUAAUUAAUCGCAAUCAAACCAGUGCUUGAAUUGGGGGAAUGGAGUCGCGGGGGAUGGAGUAUCUCUUAUUUUUUUUUAAAUAUUUUAGCGUACCCCUUCUAAUUUUUCAUAAUGGACUAUAAUAUUUAAAUGAUAUGAAAUGGACAUAAUGACAUUUAAAUCUUCAGGUACGCACUUUUUUUACACUUUUUUUGCGUCCUCCUAAUUUUUUCUGAUUUAAGCAUUGGUUAAAAUCGUAAUGUAAUGUAUAUUAAAUAAAAAUUUAAUAUAAAGUUAUUAUUUUUGUUUUAUAGUUGGAUAAGUUUUUAGCAUAAUUAUUAUUGUUCAUUAUUAUUUGUACUAUUACUUUUUUUACUGAAUUGUGUUUAAUACUUAAUUGUAAUAUAUUAUAUUAUAUAUAAUUAUAAUUUACCUUUUUGAAAUUAUUUAAUGCAUCCGAAUUGUUCAAGAAAGUAUAGAGAAUAUAUUAUCUACAAAUUAAUGUAAACAUUUUAAAUUAAAUGGCGAGAAGAAAUAAUUUGAGGAAACGAUAAUCUUUAACUUCAAACACCACCUACAGCAGAUGUGAUAUUUCGAAUGCAAUUUAAUGGUUUAAUAGUUGAAAUAAUAAUACAAAAUUCAUUAAUAUUAUAUUCUUGUUUGUACUUAAACACCGGACAUGCUUGACGAAUCGUUUUAUUCCAAAUUAAAUUUAUUAAUUUGAC